GUCAGGUUGAUGGAGAGGAGAGAGGAAGAUGUAGCGAACAACGGACACUUUAAACGUCCUCUGCUUCCAUCUGUCGCGCGCUCCACUUCUUCACUUUGUUUUCUCAACUUCUCGACAUUCACGGCCGUGCCGCCGCUUUACGGCCAGAGCCUCGUCUCCUAGGAGACGCGAACAACUCCUGAGAAGUUUGACCCGCUGCAGUCACUCUCACUGUUCGGAGCGGGACAGCGCGAGACACAGAGCUCGUGCAGGGGGUCGAUGCCUCGCGGGGGCUUUGUUCCGUCCCGUGUGGUGACCUACCGCGAGCCCGCCGCGGACAUCGACUGACCGGCGGAGCGUGGACGGUGAUCGAUCCCCGGAGACAUGGACGGGACUCUGUCCGAGCUGCUGGCCGCCUUCAUGCAGUCUCCUCUGGUGGUGUGGGUGAGGACGUUGGGUCCUCUGGGUUCGUGCGAGGACGCGGGCUCAGAGGAGCGCGUCAACAUGUUCAUGGAGCUGGUGGACGGCGUCUUCCUGCACAAGAUCAUGACACACAUCGACCCCAGCCCAACAAAUCAGAGGCUGAACAAGAACGUGAACAAUGACUUGUCCCUUCGCCUGUACAACCUGACCGUUCUCACCAGACACAUCAGGACGUACUACCAGGAGACCUUACAGCAGUUAAUAGUCAUGCCCCUCCCUAACAUCCUCUGCAUCGCCAAGGAUCCCAUAUCAGCUAAGAGCAUGGAGCAGCUGAAAAGACUAUUGUUGCUGAUACUAGGCUGUGCUGUCCAGUGUGAGCGUAAGGAGGAGAUGAUAGAGAAGAUCAAGCUGCUGGACAUUGAGACCCAAGCUGCCAUCGUCUCUCACAUCCAGGAGGUGACCCACAACCAGCUGAAUGUUCUGGACCUGUCCUGGCUGGAGGAAGGAUCGCAGCUGGAACACGAAGAGCUGGAACCUCUGUCCCGCAACAUGGCUGUGUCGCUACAGCAACUGAUCGAUCAGAGAGACAAAGCCAGUGAGGUGAUUGUGGAUCUGACCCAGGAGAGGGACUACCUGUCCAGUCAACAGCCCCAGGAAGGGUGCAGGAACCUGGACAUGAGCAGCCCAGAGCGUGGGCACAGGUCUGGGGGAGCUGGAGUAAAUAACAGUGGAUCGGCUGGGACCGUGUGUGGGCUGACCAAAGAGGAGAAGCAGCAUCUGUCCGUGGAGCUCGCUGACACCAAAGCCAAGCUCCGCAGAUACAGACAAGAGCUGGAGGAGAAGACAGAGCAGCUGAUGGAUUCAAAACAUGAAGUGGAGCGGCUGGAUCAGGAGUUACAGAGACAGAAACAAGAGAACCAGUCCCUGUCUUGUGAGGCUCGCUCUGUCCGGGUGUACCGGGACGAGGUGGACUCACUGAGGGAGAGAGCAGCGCGGGUCGACCGACUGGAGACUGAACUGACCAGGUGUAAAGAGAAGCUCAAUGAUGUUCACUUCUACAAGACCAGAAUGGAGGAGCUUCGCGAGGACAACAUGACUCUCAUAGAGACGAAGGUGCUGUUGGAAGAGCAGCUCUCUGCCUCUAGGGGGCGCUGUGAUAAACAGCACACGCUGGAGAAAGACAACCUGUUACUUCGAGCUAAAAUACACGACCUGGAGAUGGAGAGAGACAAUGAACGUCGGCGGUUGGAGGAGCUGGUGGAGGAGAACAUGCUGCUGGAGAUCGGACAGAAACAGAGUAUGAACGAGUCGGCUCAUCUGGGCUGGGAGCUGGAGCAGCUGAGCAAGAACCAUGACAACACUAACACAGAGACUCGUAAGUCGCUGGUCCAUGAGCUGAACGAGUGUGUUUCCAGUCGGGUGUUGAAGCUGGAGAAGGAGAACCGGGAGCUUCAGACCUCCAUAGAGAGACUGAAAGAGGACAACCAGCUCCUGCAGGAGCAGCAGCUCCACAACCAGGAACUGGACAGGGAAAACCAAGGCCUCAGCAAGAAGAUGGACUGUCUCCAGGGUUUAUUGGACCAGGAGAGACUGACCAAUCAGGACAUGGAGUCUCUAGGAGAGGAAAUACUGAAGGAAAAACAGAGUCUGGAGAGAGAUAUGCAUACUCUGAGGGCUGAGAAGGACAGACAGAUCUCAGAGUUGGAGAGCGAGAAGCAGCACAUCUCUGAUGCCGUGGCGUCCCUUCAGGAGCGUGCUCAGUCCAACAGCGAGGCGAGGGUCCGCGAGGUGGAAACGGAGAACCGCCUGCUGCACCAGAGCAUCACCGACACCAGCUCCCGAUUGGCCAGCUUAGAGUCCCAACUCAAACUAGCCAGUGAGGAUGCAGAGAGGCUGAGGGAGAGGGCGGGGCGGUGUGAGGAGGUGGAGCGUGAGGCCGCGAGGCUGGAGAGGAGCAGGGAGGCCCUGAACAGAGAGGUGGCCUCUCUGCGUGUAUGCAGCGAGCGGUCCGAGGCUCUAGAGAAGCAGAUGUCCUCCUUGGAGCAGGAGGUGCACAGGCUGAAGCGGGAGGCAGAGGAGGCCCAGCGGGAGCAGCAGCGACUGGGGAAGCACGAGGCAGAGAACGGCCUGCUGUCCAAGGAGAACCUGGACCUCCGCUGCUCCAUGGAAAACCUGCGCUCCUCAUCCGCCUGCCUGGCCACCCUCCAGGAGGAGCAUAAAGAGGCACAGAGAGAGAUGCAGGAGCUGCAGAGGAGGCUGGAGGAGGCCCAAGAGGAGGCACAAGGAGAAAAGAAGAGGGCAGAGAGGCUCGAGCUGAACGUGGCAGCCCUGAACCAGGAGAAGCAUCGCUUAGAGGAGGAAAUGCAGAAGAGCAGAGAGGAGAGGGAAGACGAGGAGAGAGAAAGGCAGGACACCCAGGCCAGAGAAGAGGAACUGAGAAGGGAAGUAGAAGAGCUGAAGGACGAGCGGAGAAGGAGGGAGGAAGUUGAAGAGGAGAGAAGGAAGCUCCAACUGGACUUGGAGCAGUCAGAGAAGGGCAGGAAGCACCUGGAGAAGGAGAGCUGGAGGAUCAGUACGCUGCUUGAGGGGAAAGAGACGGAGCUGGAGGAGAAAGACAGGCGAUUGGCCACUGUGAAGAAAGAGGGCGUGACUCUGACUAAGGAAGUGGAUAGGCUGAGGGAAGUGUCGGUCAAAGCCAAGGACUUGGAGAGGGAGAACAAGGAGCUGCAGAAACAGGCCACUAUUGACAAGAGGACUCUGGCCACUCUGAGAGAGGAGCUGGUGUCCGAGAAGCUGAGCGUUCAGCAGCAGAGUGUUGAGUUGGAGAGACUCAAUCAAGAGCUGGAGAAGAUCGGACUGAACAGAGAAAAGCUACUACAGCAGGAGCACACACUGGAGGACAGCAGGUACAGGCUGCUGGAGUCUCGGCUCGAGGAAACUGUCCAGCAGACGAUGAAGCUUAAAGAGGACAAAAUCUCCUGUCUGGAAAGGAAACUGGAAGAGAGCAAAACACUGAACACUACGCUAAGUUCUAAGCUAGCCACCGUAAGCAUAUGCACACAAACUCUUACUAACAAUCUCCAGAGUAUGAGGUGUUGUUUUUUGCAGAUGUGUUACAAUUUAUUUUUUUUACAGGGUGAAGAGAACCACAACUCCCAGCAGUGCUCAGGAGGUGACCGGGGUCCAGGGUCAGCCACUGCUGAACUGCUCCGGAUCAAAGAUCAUCUCAUUGAUGUAGAAAAGAAUAACUCAUCCCUGCAGAUGGAGAGCAGCCUACUCAAAGGGCAGCUCAAACAGAUGGAGAACCAGAACACGUCUCUUAACAACCAGAUGUUGGGGCUGCAGCGACACGCCACCACCCUGCAGGAGCAGAAUUCAGCCUUACAUACACAGACUGCAAAACUACAGGUGGAGAACUCCACGCUCGCCUCCCAGAGUGCCUCUCUCAUGGCCCAGAAUGCCGUGCUACAGGGCCAAGUCACCGCCUUGGAGUCGGAGGUGGAGACGUGGCAGAGGCAGCGCGAGGAGGCGUGGCGAGCCAGAGAGAGCGUGCUCAGCGACCACGAGCGCCUGCUGAGCGUUCACGAGAGGCAAGCGCACGAGUACGAGCAGCUCAUCAGUCAGCACGCCGCGCUGAAGGGCAAGCUGAGGUCGGUGGAGGGCGAGAGCAGGACGCUGCACAGCAAGUAUUGUAAUUUGCUGCAGCAGAAGGAGAAAUACGAGGAGCAGGAGGGGCACGGUCGUAAAGAGAAGGAGGAACUGAACCAGGAGAUCCAGAAGAAUCGGCUUCUACAGCAAGAGAAUCUACAGCUCAAAACUGAAGUGGACAGGUUAACAGAGAGCCAGUCACAGCAGUCAGAUCAAUGUGAGGGGCUGCAGCAGCGCAUGAAUGAGCUCAAGAGCUCAUUAAGCUCCGCCCAGCUGGAAGAGAGACGAUGGAUGUCGCAAUACGAUUCGCUAAAGGAGCAACACCAGGGCCUGGAUCUAACCAUGACCAAACUGGACAACCACUGUGAGCUUUUGAGCCGACUGAAAGGGAAUCUGGAAGAGGAGAACCACCACCUCCUGAGUCAGAUCAACCUGCUGAGUCAGCAGAAUCACAGUCUACUAGAGAGGAGCAUGGAGAGCAAGGAGCUGUAUCACCAGGAGCAGAAACUAUACAUUGAUAAGUUGAACGCUCUCCGUCGCCAGAAAGAGAAACUAGAGGAGAAGAUCAUGGACCAGUACAAGUUCUACGACCCCACACCUAAAAAGAGGAGUCAGUGGGCCGGAGCCAAAGCUUUAGCCAAACUGAUUAAACCCCGAAAGGAGAGCAGCAGGGAGAGAGGGGCCGACCGAGACAAGGAGGGAGGCAAAGAGAGGGAGAGAGUGAAGACCGCCCCAGACAUCCCGCUGCCCUCCCCACCUCCCUUCCUCCCCCCUGAAACUCCACCCCCUGUUCCCCAGCGCACAGCAAGUGACACUCAGGACAGCGGCCAUGCCCACAGUAACCAUAACAACCACACCAGCAGCCCCAGCCUGGGACCCCAGAGUCCAGCGCUCACGCCCAUUGGCCGAGGUUUGACUGACAGGGGCCGCGGUGUUUACCGCAGCAGUACUCCAGGAGGCAGCAGUGAGAGCGUCAAUGGAGAGAACGGACACGGACAAGGUCAGACCCAUAGAGCUCUGAGCUCUACUCCCAGCCAUCAGUCACCCUCAUUGAGCCUAACUAACAGCUCCAGACUGGGACAAGGCCUCGGCCGCAGGGCCAAAGGUCUAUUCUUUGAUGAAGACUCCCGCCACAACUCCUCUGACUCUAUGUUUGGUCAACAUGGCAACACGGGAGGUCGCCCAGGGUCGGCAGACUUCAGCCACAACACCUCCAGCUCCAACUCUCCUGUCAACGGCAGAGACUCAUCAGAUCGACAGGCUCGCUCAGCCAGCCUCUCUAGUGACGAUGUCACGGGUCUGAGCCAAUCACAACAGACUCUGUCACGUAGCUCCACCCUUCCAUACGACCACGCACCCCAGAAGGCCCAACCGCAGCGCGGAGGCGGGGUUAGGACUAAGACCCGCCCGUCGUCUCCUGGAAACGAGAUGGUGACGCUGGAAGAGUUUCUACAAGAGAGCAACAAACAGUCACCUCUUAUGGUGUCAACAGGAAGCAGAGAGGACUUGAUGACGGACUAUUUCACCAGAAGUCCCGCCCCCUCGGCUCCAGGUGGCAGAGACCAGUCGACUCCCACCAGCUAUGUCACGCCCACUGUGCAGUUGUCCAACCAGAGGCCAGGCCAGAGCGUCAAACCCUCGCCCCGCCAGCCUGUCGGCCAAUCCCCGGCCUCAGGCCAACCCUCCGCCCAGAGAAGCGUCAAAUCACUGAGCAGAGCUUUCAGCCUGGCCUCAGCUGAUUUGCUGCGCUCCAACGGACCAGACAGUUUCCGUGGAAAUGAAGGCCAAUCGGACGUGGUCCUUCGGGGAGGGGCUAGUGGGAGGGAACGGCCGCUCUCUGCUCGUCUGGCUGGCCCGACCAAUCAGCACGGAGACGGCAGCUUCCUGAAUCCACCUAUUCACCAUUCGACCUCUCUAAACCUGCAAACGGAGAGACUAGCGGAGAGAGAAAGAGAGAAAGGGAGGACCCCCGUCUCUCGGAACGGCCCUACCUCGUCCUCCUCCUACCACCACCGCGGAGAGGUCGCCAUGGUAACUCCCGUCAGGGCUGUGCCUGCCACAAUGCCAGACGAGGCCUCAGAGCACGGGGAGGUGGGAGGGGAGGGGCAGUCGGGUGACUCGUCCCACUUAAAGAAAGAAAGUGAGAGAGAGGGGUGUGACUCCGGGGAACGCCCGAAGAGCACGCCUGCUUCUCCUGACCCCAACAACGACCCUCAGACUGUGUGGUACGAGUACGGCUGUGUCUAAACCCUGACACUAAUCGACGUCCAUGGGAGUGGCUGUGUCUAAAGACAGAAACCAAAUCCUCAAACGACAGUGUGCUGGGGCUGAAUCCAAACCCUCAGUCACAAGCAUCAGUCUCUGGACUGUGCUUUUUGUAUUGUGGAUCAAUGUUAUUAUGAGCUUUGCUCAAAUACAACAUCAACUGGGGAUAAAUGUAAAUCCUGGAGAGCAAAGCCAAUUUUAAACACAUCCAUCCAUUAAGGAGAUGAGACUUCUGUUUGUAUUUUCUGGAACAACAAGACCUGAUUCUGUGUACCAGCUGCUGAUGCACCAAAACAAUACUGUCAUUUUUCAUCACAAGCUGGAUCUCUCAUAGGUGGAUGCAAUGUAGAUAUGAGCUCAAUCACUGACGAUCUUUCUAAGGAUUUAGACAUGAACACCGCAACACUAUAAAUGAUCUCUGAGAAUGCUGGAAUUUAAUUGUUUCUGCCUUUUUAUUAUCGUCCUCUUUUCUGGAGCCCAAAGGUUGUUUUUUUUAUUUUUCACAUCCAGAAAUGGAGAUGGGAACUGCGAAUCCUCUUUAAGAACACUUUAAGCCUGCAGGAACAGAGACAAAUCCUACACGCAGAGCUGACGACCAGAAUACAGAAGACUGACUUGAUCUAUGAGCUGGAACUCUUUUCACCGCUGACCGACGCACUGUCUGGCCCUGCUAAUGUUUACCUGGGGGCCGCCGGUGCUGCAGAACUGCACGGCGGGAAUUCAAUAAAGGCAAAAAGACGCACCAGAGCGACUGAAUGUAACACAUUACUCCUCCUAUUUCUGUCCUCCUCUCCUCUGUUAUCUAGAACAAACACUGGAGAAGACGAGCGAGAGAAGGGAUGGACUCUGAGGGAUUCAGGCAGAGAGAGUCGAGGCAAGCGAAGCAGAAAGGCGUGUAGAGAUAGAGAGCGGGAACAAAUGGAGGGACACUGGGAAGAGGAGCGGUGGACAGAUAUAGAGAUGGAGCGGAGCAACAGGAGGACGGAGAGAUAAACGGGACAGAGGUGGAGGCGCUCCUCCCAGUUAAAUUACAGUCUUUCUCCCUCCAUCUUUAGAUUCUGUCCCAGCAUGCAACACUCUUAACACUUUACUGGAAACGUUGCACAGCCCGGGCCAACACCAGCUUCACAAACACAUGCACACACGCACAUAUAUAAUGAUAUAUACAGACACGGAGGAAUUGUCCUUGAGGAGCCCCGUUGUGGCUUCGCUAACCAGUGAACACGCACACACACACGCACACACACACACACACACACACACACACACACACACACACACACACACACACACCACAACACAACACUGGGUAAACCACUGUGUUUUGGUAGGGUGCUCUGCUGCACGCUAUGUUAGCCAGACAGUUGUGAGCACUGCACAGCAGAGAGAGAGAGAGAGAGAGAGAGAUUCAGACCCACUGUGGUCUGGAGAGUUGGAGUUUUCUUUUGAUGAAUUAGGGAAAAAAAGAGUUUUUAUAAUAACUGAGUGCAGUGUUAGCUCGACUGCUCUGUUGGUAAACAGAUGAUUGUGUUCUCGUCACAUGAUGGGUCAAAGUGUCUCUGGUGAAUCUGACUUUGGUGCUCCGUGAUCACAUUUGACACUGGCUCUGUUCUGGUGGCUUUCAGCAGCUCAAGCUCCUCUCUUUACUGGCUCUGACAUAGUGAGACUUUCACUGAUCUGUUUGCAGUCACCAUUAGGAUAACAGUAGCAGCAGGUUUACUACGCACAGGGAGGUUUUCACCUUCUUAAGAGCACUCUAGAAUGAUAGAACAUGUUUAGUCUUUCACUCUGUCACACCUAACUUUGGUAUUCUUCAGCCUGGACCCUAUUCUCCCAUGUUUCUGUUUCUAUGAGUGUAAACUCCCAGGAGAAGUCUUGUUCUGGAACCCGGGAGGUGAUGUGUCAGCGGAAGACAACAAGCUUGUGCCAGGCCAAGAGAGUUUGAGGUGUUGUGGUACAGAAAGAGAAGCUUGGUGCUAUCGUAAAUAUUUUUAACCUCAUGGCUGAAUAUUGACACAAGUUUGACAUCGUGAAUGAGGUCUUUGGAUUCAAUGGCUUUCUGUAUUUAUUUCAGUCAGAGUUAGAGGAUGGAGAGAUGUAUAGAGAUAGAUAGGUAGGUAGGUAGGUAGGUAGAUCGAUCAGGGUGAAUUAGCUGUGAAGCACUGGAGGCCUCCUGUGUCCACAGAAGAAGGAUGUUUUUCUCUCUCUCUAGGGUUCUUACCUACUUAUAGAAACAAUUCAAACCUUUUACAGGAUGUGGCGUUACACCGCAGUCGCCCUCGCCGCUCGUUAAGCAGCUGUCGGUUAGAGACCUCUCGAUCAAUUUCAAAAAAGUGUUUUUCCUGUUAUUCACUCAGACAAAACAACAUGGGAAGAUAGGGUCCAGUUUGAAGAAAACAAAAGUUACCCAUAACUGAAAUGUAAAAAUGUCUUAAUCACAUAGUUAAAAAAAGUUCAGCCCGGACUGUAAAUCAUGCAGCAUGUCACACUAUAAGAGUUUAGUAUGGAGUUUCUGAUGUGCACAACAAUUCAACAUUCUACUGGAGACACGCAAAUGAUUUGGUAUCUGUGAUGUCAUCAGUGGUAGAGAGAUGACUGUUGAGGUUAAAUUACAAAUACUUGGUGGUUUCUUUAAGCCCAGUAAACAGAGAGAGGAGGAAGAUGAAGAGGUGGGGGAAAAAUGAAAGUAUGCCUCGGAGACAGAUGAUGGUGUCAAUGGAUGAAAAUGAACCUUAUGCUAGUUGUUCUGAUCGACUGACCUUUUGUCUGUACUGCUGUUUGUAAAUACAAAGAUGUCACUCCUGCAUUAGUAAUGACUGACUGCAAAGACUUUCCUAAGAGCACUAGAAUGAUGAAGAGGAGGAGGAGGAGGAUGUAACACUGGAGAAAGUGAAUAUUUGACUGGAAUCCAUCACUAACUUAUCCGCUCACCUGUUGAACAAAAAGCACAUGUCAAUAUGCAACGAGCUAAAUUAUUUUACCUGUAACAUUUGUACAUGACAUUAGAUUUUUUUAUAAACGGGGCACAUAUUCCGAGACGUUUUGGAUACUUUUUUUGUAAAAUCCUCUGGAACUUCACCUUGAAAAUGUUUGUUGAUACCAAAAAAUUACUAUUUCAGAACAAUUCCUGUACACUGGUAAAAAUCAUGCGGUUUCAAGAGUUGUAGAUUAUUUUUUAAAUUGUUCAAAUUCUACUAGUGAGAUGAUUUGAUACCCUGAAGGGUGAUGCUGUCGGUAGGGCUGCCAUCUUUUUACCUCCUUUUUUACGUCUGCACUCAAAGUGGCAAUCUUGGAGAUUUUCAUUGAAAUAGUUUGUGUCUUUCACCAAAGGAGGUAACUCAAUGGUGACUGAGCCUAUUGCCCACUGAUGCAAGUAUUGCAAUAUUAAUUCAUAUUCACAGUAUUACCAACUUUGUCUGUGGCGACAUUCCUAAAAAAAAAAUGCUGAAUAAUCGUUCUUCUACAUUGUAUACACAGAAAAACAUGGAACUAUGCACCCAAGACUCCAGACUGCUAAACUCUAAACACAAUUCCUUUUUUUUUUUCAAUCCAAUAGAAAUUCUAAUUAAAAAAUCUGAUAUCUUUAUGAUUGCCACUUUAGAGCAAAUCUGCAUUAUUAGUUGUCAAAUAUCCCUUCAGGCCAUUUCUAUAUAUAUAUAUAUAUAUGUGUGUGUGUGUGUGUGUGUGUGUGUGUGUGUGUGUGUGUGUGUGUGUGUGUGUGUGUGUGUGUGUGUGUGUGUGUGUGUGUGUGUGUGUGUGUGUGUGUGUGUGU